CUUUUCGAGGAAGAGUCGGUGGAUUCACACACAGUGAGAGAGGGGCGGCGGGGUCUGUUCGCCGCUGGAGCUGAACGCAGUGGGGUUUCUUUCAUGUUUUAGGCAAGAAGACCUGAUUUGGGGGGCGUUUUGCAGCGGAACGCCAGCGAAUUGAACGGCGUCUUUUAAUUGUUUUAGAACAUUGAAAACCUCAGCGUUCUGUUUGUUUUGGUUUUUCUUUUCUUUUGGGAGGGGAUUUAAAGAGAAGACGGGCACGAUCAGGGCAUUGUAAAGGAAGGACUGGAGCGAUUGGUGUAAUGCAGAAUCUCUAUCCCUUUAAAUCAUCGUCACAGAGCUCUGCCAUAACCAAAGCUUCAGCAAAUAAUGAUGGCAGACAGGACACACCUGUAUGCAGUUCUUCUACCUGGACAGGAGAGGCAGCAGAGAGCAAAGAUACCGAACACAAACAGGAUCCCGGAAUAAUCAUGGGGAUGAUUCAAAAACUAAAUCCAUUCAGGUUUUCCUCACAGAACAAGAUCAGUGAGCCUCUGAUUGUCUCUGCAGCAGCUCCCACAGAUGAGAAAACGCAGGAUCACGGCGGGAUGCGAGACCAUCUGAAAUCCACAGCUCAGAUAGAUCAAACAGCAGAAACAGAUGUCGCCGUCUCUGGUGAAGGAACCCCUCUGGACAAUGAAGAUGAUGAAGAUGGUCUGCUGGCCUGGUGGAGAACCGUGGAAGGUUGGAGUGAAUGGAACGAGUCAAAGCAAUUUAAUGAGAAAGAUGGAGAACGAGCGAUCGAAGCCGCCGCUAACCGGGUAUUCAUGGCCGCCAAGUUAUUCGUUCACCUGCUGACUCAGCGCGAGCCGUCGCUGCAGCGGCGCAUACGGGAGCUGCUGUCGCUAGCGGACGCCGCCGACAGUUUCCACAGGAAGACGGUGACCGCGAGCGUGGGCGGCGGGGUGGCCAGCGUCGCCGGCAGCAUCACCACCAUCACCGGCCUGGUUCUGGCGCCCUUCACCUUUGGGACGUCCCUCAUCGUGACGGCGGUGGGCAUCGGGGUCGCGACCGCCGGCGGAGUGACUUCAGCGUCGGCAAACAUCACCGAUACGGUUCACUCCAACACGGACAGGAAGAAGGUGGAGAAGAUGAUCCAAGAUUAUCAGCAUGAAGUUAAAGUUAUUAAAGAAUGCUUGGACUUCCUCCAGGCCGGGAUGGAGACUCUGGAGGAGUGGCACUUCGAGCAGUAUGUGGACAGCAUCUCCAGACGGGCUCUGAAUCAGAACGUGAAGCACGUGCUGAAGGAGGGUGGCCGGGCCGGGAAAGCGCUGCUGGUGAACACCGACAGCCUCAUCAACACCGUCCAGGUGCUCAGCGUGGCCGGAGGAGCCGCCAAAGCCGCGCAGGUCAUCAGCGUCACCAGCGGUGUCAUGUCAGGCCUCUUCCUCGCCCUCGACGUCUUCUUCCUCGCCAAGGGCUCGCUGGAGCUGCGCAAGGGCGCCAAGACCGAGUUCGCCGCCAAGAUCAGAGAGGUUUGCAAGGAGCUGCAGGACGGACUGCAGGAGCUGAAGAGAAUCCAACUACAGCUGCAGAAAACCAUGGACGGGGUUGAGAUGGAGGAGGAGGAUGAAGGUGAUGAGGAUGAAGAGGCAGGAAAUAAAUCAGACCCAGAAAAAGAGUCCAGCUAGAGGAAUAAGCAUUGAUCAUUAUCCUGAGCAACAAGUCAAUUAUAUAUAUAUAUAUAUAUAU